GUACAGAGGCGGGCAGGUGCCGGCGGCGGGGGAAGGCCGCGAGCGCAGCGCCGGGCAUGUGGCGGGGUCGGGAGGUGCCCCCCAGGGCCGCGGCCCAUCGCCCGCCGCCCGCCAUCCAAUUCCCUGAGGAGAGCCCGGAGCCGCGCUUCGACGAGUCGGACGUGCCGGCAGAACUGCGAGUGGCCAAUGGGUCACAGAAGUUUGUGAAUUUCACUUCGACCAUCCAGAACCAGCUGCUGCUGGUGUCGCUGCUGGAGCACCUGUGCCACAUGUACACACACAACCUCGUGCACUCGAGGUGCUUGUUCCGAAUACUUCGACAGGCUUUCACGAGAACAGGUUUGCUCUCCCCUUUUGCCUUCUGUGAUGAAUUUAGUACUGUAAGACUGCAGCAUAAUAGAGCCAUUACUGAGCUAAUGAAAGCAGCUAACCGACAAGUGCUUAAUGGGGAGCUUGAUAAUGGAGAUUCUCGUGCAAUUGGGGAAAAAGAAGUUCUCUUGGAAGCACAGACAUCACGAUACUUGAAUGAAUUUGAUGAGAUUGCAAGAUUAGGAAAAGGAGGAUAUGGCCAAGUAUACAAGGUCAGAAACAAGUUAGAUGGUCAGUUCUAUGCUAUUAAAAAAAUCAAUAUUAAGAAGGCUACAAGAAGAGAUUGCAUGAAGGUGCUACGAGAGGUUAAAGUGCUGGCUGGACUGCAGCAUCCUAAUAUUGUGGGCUAUCACACUGCUUGGAUGGAACACGUUCAAACAGCUUGCCCAAAAGAUAAGACAGUAUUGAAGUUGCAGUCAUUACCCUUGGAACAGGAGAGUGGAGAUGAUCACUGUCACAUUCAGAGUGUGGAAAGUGGUAGUUCAAUUAUUUUUGCUGACCUUACUUCACAAGAAGAAAAGUCUGGUGACAGUACAUGUCUUAGAAAUCCAGAUGGUGAAUCAGUGCAGAAUAUGGAUGUAAGGAAUGAUUUCACUAACAGCAAUAGUAAGGAAAUAUGUAUGAAACCAAAUAGAUGUGAAUUACCCAUAGAACUACAAGAAGACUCUGACAGUAGUGUUGACUGUAGAUCAACUGAUUUAAAACAUGAUUCAUCGUACGACCCACCCUGUAGUCUGGAUCUAGAUGCUAGUGCUGGAAGCAAGUCCUGCACUGAAGAGUGCUCUGGGAAUGAUGUAGCUCUCUGUGGAGAGUUUGAGGUGGAGUAUCGUUUGAUGCUUUAUAUACAGAUGCAACUGUGUGAACUGUCCCUGUGGGACUGGAUUGCUGCCCGUAACAAAAGAUGCAAUGAGAGAACAGAGGAUGCUGCUGGUCUGUACCACCUUGUGGAUGUCAGCUGGACAAUGAAAAUUUUUGAAGAGUUAUUAGAAGGAGUGUGCUAUAUCCACAGCAUGGGAGUGAUGCAUCGAGACAUUAAACCCAGAAAUAUCUUUUUGCAUGGAUCAGAUCAUCAAGUUAAAAUAGGAGAUUUUGGAUUAGCCUGCAAAGACCUCCUUUGGGAUGAUGCAGACCAGUGGUUUCACACAGAAAGGAUAAAUGGACUGACACAUACCUCAGGUGUGGGGACUUGCCUGUAUGCUUCACCAGAACAGCUGCAGGGGUCUGACUACGACUUCAAGACAUGUACAGCUUGGGUGUUAUCCUGCUAGAACUCUUCCAGCCAUUUGGAACAGAAAUGGAAAGAGCAGAAGUUAUAACAAAUUUAAGGAAUGGCCACAUUCCUCAUAACUUCUGCAAGAAAUGGCCUGUUCAAGCCAAGUAUGUAAAACUUCUCACCAGUCAGGUAUCCACAGAAAGACCAACUGCUGCUCAACUUCGUGAAAGUGAGCUGUUUCAUACCACAGAACAUGUAAGUACUGCCAAUAACAUCAGCUUUCACAGGAUAAAAAAUAUGAAAACUGAACUGCUUUGUAACAAUCCCCGUACUUUUCCUGUCUGUAUUGUGCCUAUUUUUUAAAACUUCAAGAGGAUUGCGUGAUUGAGAUUUUUAUUCCCUAUUACAAUAUUUGGGCCACUGUUUCCAGGCUCUUCUAAAGGAGACAAAUAGCCAUUAAGUACAGGUAACUUAGGACUGGACACUUGAUUUACAGACAGAUUGAGGUUUUUUGUCAGCUCUGCAGUCUGUUAUAAUUAUCCCUUUCCUUGCCAGCCAUGUGAUCUGUGGUGCUGCAGAAUCUUACUUGUAAUUGACUACGAAUGUGCAAAUAGACUGAUGAGGAUUUAUCCCUGCCUGUAAAUAAAUCAACUGUCUCACAUCUUCAGGUUAUUUCUAAUCUACAGCAAAAGGUGAGAGAGCAAGAAGAAGAAAUAGAAAAACUGAAAGAGAAACUAAGACUGCUUUCUACUGGACAAGAUGAACAUAUGAAACAAGGUUCUCCGGUUUAAGUACAGGAAGAACACAACUAUUGUAUAUUAAGUUAUAGAAAACAGGGUUUUUUUACAUAAAAAUAGUUCAGUGCA